AUGCAUGGUCUUGCAACUCACAACUACGAUCGCUUCGCAAACGCAAUUCAACAAGGCGCUGCAAGCACUUCCGCCUUUCUGAUCCCAAGCAUCAUCGUUCAAUUCAACCUCGAGCGGGCAGUGCAAGCACUGAACAGUUGGCACGAUAAGAUAUACUGGCACGAGCGAAAAUUGGGCAUCCGAUUCGAUCAUCAUGACAAUCCACCGCUUUCGAGUAUCGACUUCGGCAACCUUUCGAAAGACAUCAACGCUGCUAAUACGAACCUCGCCCGCAUCGUGUUGUCUUGUAAAAGCAUCGCGCGCAUGCUUGACUUCCUUGAUCAGGUUGCACAGCGCUAUAGAACGCAAGCGGAUGCAAACAAGAUUGAUAAAGAUGAGUCAACUGAGGUAGAGCAAUUGCUGAUUGACUCGCAUGCGCACAUGCGAUCAUGGAACGCGGGUCUCGAGGACCGGGCAGAGUACUUGUCGAAGCGAGGGCAGGCUUUGGUGCAGACUGUCUACAGUGGUAUUGCGCAGCGCGACUCCGCAAUAAGUCUUCGUUUGGCGAGCACUAGCGCCAGCCUUGCAAUGUCUUCACAAAGCGUGGCCAUAUCGACUUCACGCGAUAGCAAACUCAUGAAGACAAUAGCUGGCGUUACCAUGUUUUUCCUUCCAGCAACCUUCACUGCCACGUUCUUCAGCACCACAUUCUUUGACUUUAAACCUAAGCAGGACGACGAGGUCUACUCACAUUGGCUAUGGUUGUACUUUGUGGUGACAAUAGCUCUGAACCUGAUCGUCUUUUUCGGCACAUGGUAUCUGUGGCGUAAAAAGGAAUUCGACACCAUGGUAUCUGACUUCAUCUCAAGCAAAGACCAGGAAGCACAUAUUGUAGAGCUAACUGGAAAUGGGAAUGAUCACGGGUUUGUACAUGUUGUUGAGCAGGAAAUCGACGCGAAUUUGGGAUAA